GAGUUGCGGUGCCAUUAAAAAGCAGCAGAGUAAGAGCUCCUCCGUUUUACCCUCCGUGAAAGCCACAGGACGGGAUCGCCUACGCUUUGUGGUGCCAUUGCUUCAUUUACUGAUCCCAUUCAGACCACCUCUACUUCUGUGGAAACGGUAGCAUUGUUGUUUACAGCGUGGACCAACUUGACGGCCCGCAUCAGAAACGGUAGUUUUGUUUGAGGUUUGUCUUUUUGACGAUGGCAAUCAACAGGACGGCUACCGCGGAUCGCGUUUAGCUGGUGCAUCAUCCUCAUCAAAUGCAAAAAUCCGACUGGCCCUCGACUGGUAACUCCGCAAAUACUAACGGAAACUGGAAUAACACCAUGGAUGCUCCUCAGUAUCCAGGCUACCCGUCGCACUACUGGUACCCCCAGUCUCAUUCCACGGGACACUAUGCGAAUCCCUACCCCUCGGGAUCAGACGGCCAGCCUCAGUACAAUCAACAGGUAAUGCCUGGAGGUUAUCCAAACGGCCACGGUGUCUACAGCCCGGCACAGAGUCAGUAUUCAACCAGUGGUUUCCACCCGUCCAACCCUUUCUACUGUGCUGACGCUCAAAGGCCGGCUCCGGGCUCUUAUCCCAACCAGGGCUGUCCUGCGGAGCAGAGCGGCGGGCCGUCCGGGCAGCCACACUCUCAGCACCAACAUCAUCACUACCCUGGUCCACACUGUCAAGGGGGUCCUGGAUAUCCCCCUGGGGCGUACCCUCACUACAGUGAAGGCGGUCAUGCCAUGCCAUCGAACCCCCCGUACCCCGCCGGCCAGCCUCUCCACCCGAACCCUCAGGCCGAUGCGUGGGCGCACUCUGGUGCGUAUGCCCCCACACAGCAGCAAUGGCAGGCAGGUCAGCAGCCUCCACAAAACCACUACGGAAAUCCCGUCCGUCCACCACAUCCUCCGGCUUGGCCGGGGACUGGAAGCGGAGCUCCUCCACCGUACCAGCCCAAGGAGCAACUGCACCAACGUGUUCCUCAAGUGGGACCUAAACCCAGGCCGACCCCAUCCCUGAAUCCCCCCAAUGGAAAGCCCGCUGAAAUAAGUGCACCUCCCCAAAUAUACCACAAAACCGGGAGAGGGGAACCUAAUCCUUCGCAAGGUGAGCCCCCUCCCUCGGCCCCACCCCGAGCACCAGCUCCCUCCCAUGCUGGACCUCAUCCCCUCAGCGACAACCGCGGCCUAGCUAAGGUCCAGCAGGUCAUGGCCAGAAUGCUACUGCUCCAGGAGGAUGUUGACGAGUUUGUUGGUAAAAAGUCUGACAAGAGUUACCGGUGUCUGGAGGAACUGCUGACCAAAGAGCUGCUGGAGCUGGACUCCGUGGAGACUAAGGGACAGGAUAAUGUCCGGCAAGCCCGAAAGGAGGCUGUACAGAGGAUCCAGGCCAUUCUGGACCAGCUGGAGAAGAAGGCCUUCUGAAUUGGACUUAUUUACUAGUUUGUGGGUCACAACGUCACUCUGUUUUCUUCUUCCAGAUCUUCCAUGGACACAAUAAGGGGUUGACUUCUCUUCCAUCUCUCUCUCUCUGAGCGGUUUUAUCUUAAGGUUUUUUCCAUCACCAUAAUAUACAAUGCCAUAAAUAAGUGGCAUGGGACCCGAGACCAAGGCAGAGCAAUUAUUGCUACCUGGAAUCAACCUUUUAAGGCCCAAUUAUGCUGGUAAAAGUGAUAUGAUGGUGUCAGAAGUUUAUGCUCAUGGUUGGGCACAUUAGGGACUUGCGGCAUCAGUCAGUCCCUCUGACGGCUACACGACCCGACGCUCUUGCUCGGCUUGUAUUUAUUGUAGUGCUUUUUCCAGCAUAAUGCAGGGCAGAGAUGCAGGGUGAUGGAUUCAGUGCCACAUUGCAACUGUCGGUGGUUUGUAAACUGUGAUUCAGAUUCAUGCUGUCCCUCUGGAUAGUGGGUUGGUUUCACUCUGAUCCUACAUCUUUUUUUUCAAUCUGUUUGCACGAUUUUGUCCUCACAUCCAAUAGAGGCCAUACACUUAGUAUCCCAUUGUCACUAACUUCCCCAUUUCUCUGCAGGAAAAGGUGCAAAGCUUUGCUUCCUUCAAUUGUGCUCCCAUCCGUGCAUGCACUGCAAUGUUAGACGAGCACUCAUGUUUUACAGUAAUUGGGCCUAAAACGUAGCAGAUUAGUUAAAAGAUUAAAAAAAUAAAGAUUUUUUUCCCCUGUUAUUCCAUUUUUUGGAUGAAAUUUCUUCCUGAGUGUGGAUCUAGAAUCAGACCUACAUAUGAAUGCCAUGUAUUUUACUCUAGGAACUACUGUUAUAACAGAUACAUAGGAAGUUUGAGAAUUACUUGAAAAAAAUGUUAAAUGAUGUUCUUUUCAUUCCGUCUUAAACACUUGGAGUAUAUAUGUGUGUGUGUGUGUGUGUAUGUUUAUACAUACAUAGAUACAUGACAAGAAAGUGAAUUGUAUUUUCAGAAUAAAAUAUUCCAUCAGUUGCUGUAUGUACUUUAACAUUUUCAGUAAUGUUUUGUGCUUAAUGACAAUGUUGUUCACAGCACUUGGAUCAAGUGUUUAAUUUGGACCUUGUUUCUGUCUCCUUUUUUUUUUUUUUCAACCAUUAAAAAAAAGUGCCAUAUUUCAGGGGUUGGUUUUAUAGUCAGAAAUGAAAAAAAAAUAUAAUCAAAAGCUUUGCAUGGAAUAAAAAUAAAAACACCUGCCGAUGUGUUAA